CUCUACAUUUCGAGAUCAUUCUUUUGUAUUCCGGUUAAGCAUUAUAAAACCAUGAUGUCUACGAUUUCUCCGGUUUUCUCAGCUGAACCGAGUCUAGCAACCUUUGUCCCAGCUUUCGAAACCGGUUUCACCCCAUGGGACAUUUCACACCUCUUCUCGGUCUUUGACUCCUCCUCAUCAUUGGAUGAUCCAAUACCGAGUUUUUCAACUCAUGACGUUGCUCCCACGACCAAGAAUAUUACUGAUGAACGGAAAAAGAAACGGAAACUAUCGAACCGGGAAUCGGCUAAGCGAUCAAGAGAGAAGAAACAAAAACACUUGGAAGAGAUGAGUAUCCAGCUAAACCAGCUCAAGACUCAGAACCAGGACCUGACGAACCAGCUCCGGUACGUUUUGUACCAUUACCGAAGAACUAAUACGGAGAAUGAUCGUCUGCGUUUGGAGCACCGUAUACUACAAGAUAAGUUGUUGAACAUGAGACAAGUUUUGAUGUUUCGUCAGAUACUGGAACGAAGCUCGACGAACUGUGCCACUUGGCCUUGCGACAACAACAGUACUGUUGUUACUGUCCAACAGGAUCCGUCUAUUAUAACUAAUCAUGUUAUAGUAUGACUGUAUGAGAUAUUCCCGAAAUUGUUGUUUCGAUCGGGUAAAAGUAAAACUAAAACGAGAGCACCUUUGUAAAAAAAAAAUAUUUAAGAACAUGCAUGGAUCCUUAUAACGUACGUUAGGGAAUUAAGUUACGCAUUUUUAUAUCUAUG